AUGAUAGACUUUGAUCAAAUUUCCCGCAAUAUCAUCAGCGUUAGAAAUGUGAACGGCCAAGACUUAACAGAAGCAUGUGCAAAACUGAAAAUCUCCCUCGACCAGCUGCGUCAGUCUGGGGAGAUAAGCUUUUGCGACGUCUUGAUGUUGAUUUUCUCUCUUACCGACGAAGAUUUCAGACGCAGGCACUUCAAAUACCUCAUGGAAUAUUAUUACGAAAGGUUAAGUUGCAGCGCGGACGCGUCGCAAGUGGUCACCUCAAAAUACGACUAUCGCAGAGCGGUAGCGGCUCUUCUGCCCAUUGUUAAGCUCCAGUUGGUCAGCAACCUAAUCGAGCAGGGUAAAACUGAAGAAGUGAAGUGUCAGGAAAUAUUGGAGGACAUUUCUAAGUACGUGAAAUGUCCCCGCCUCAACAAAGAAGACGUAUCGAUCGCCAUAGCAAACAAGCUAAGAUCUGUAGACUACCGUCUUCUGGAUUACCACUUAACGCCCUUAGAUCAACGCAACGGAUACCUCGGAGAUUACUACAAUCUAGCACUCAAAGUAAGCCAAGGAGAGGAGACGAAUGAUCUUCAGAUGUUCGCCAAGUUCGCCGUCAAAUUCCGAUGGGAAGUUCUCAGCCGGGCCGGGUCAGAGAGGGAGGAGUUCUUUUAUUCCACUAUCUUACGGUUUUUCGAAACUCAUGGGUUGGAUCAGAUCAUGGAUUUCGCUCCGGAAGUGUAUUUCAUCCGAUCGUUUGAUGUCGUCCUUAUGGAUGAUCUCGCUAAAUCAGGCUACGUCGCUUACGAUUCGACGGUAAUGCUGAGUUAUCAGCACCUGCGUCUAGCUGUCUCGCAGCUGGCCAAAUUACACGCGUGCAGCUUCGCAAUCGAGGAAACUCACUCGGUGCGUCUGAACGAGUUGUAUCCGAACCGCUUCGAGGAAAUCGCAUUCAAAGAGUCUGAUCCGUGGUUCAUCAACGGCGUAGAUGGUACCCUUCACAUGAUUGAUAAAUGUCAGCUGGCGGUUAAAGUUACCAAGACUGAAGAGUUUAAGGAGAAAGUAAGGCGCGCUUUCGAAAGUUUCUUCGAGAAAAUUAAAAGCUCCGAACGUUACCGCAACGCUAUAUGUCACGCCGACAUGUACGGUCCUAAUAUCAUGUUCAAACAUGAUGAAAAUGAUGUUCCCAAUGACUGUCGGUUGGUGGAUUUUCAGAUGCUGAGGUACUGCCCUCCAGCGCACGAUGUAAUGUUUUGUAUUUACAUCAACUCUACGAAAGAAAUGAGGGACGCCUACAUGUCGGCAUUGUUGAGGGAAUACUACACGGAAAUCUCGAAAAAUUUGAGGAUGUUCUAUGUGGACGUGAACUCGGUGUACACGCCUGACGAGUUCGACAAAUCAUGUCGGUACAUGAAAUCUCAAGCGAUCUGUCAAGCGCUAUUGUAUUCGCAUUUCAACAAAUGCCCUUCGACGUUGAAAAAGCAACUGUUGAGCGACGACGAGAUACGGUUGCAUUACGAGGGCAACAGGAAGGAGUUUCUUGACAUCGCCUUCAAAUCGGACCUGUUUAGGAGUGUGCAAGAAGGUCUCCUUGAAGAUCUGUACCAAGUUUGCCAAAACGAAGACGUGUGA